AUGAUGAGCAAGAACGAAGAGAUCCUAUCAAAGGCAACGCCAAAUUUUAUUUACAAAUUUUUUACAGAACCCAAUUCUCAAGAAUCCUUAAAAUGGUUAAAUGGAGAAAUCAAUUUAAUAUGCUUUAGUCAAAUGAAUGCAGGAGCAAACCAGACUUUUUUAAAAGUCAUAGAUGGCUCGAUCCCACCUCAGUAUUAUGCUAUAGUACAUUUAGGGAUUGAAGAAAAUAAUAGUACAAUAUCUUAUGUAAAGAAAAUAAUAAGUAUUGAAAAUUUUUCUAUAACAAAUUAUUAUGGUAAAUUAUUUAUUUUAGCAAAAAAAGUUACAGUAUAUUUAAAUAUUGAUCAUUUCGAUAUUGAAGAUUUAUUUAAGAAGUAUCAUUUACAAAGUAUAUCUUAUUUUUUAUUAAAUUCGAAUAAUGAAAAUAAUUCAAGAGAGAACUACUCCCGAAUAGUAAAUGAUUCUAAUAAUAAUGUGAAUAAUGUGAAUAAUGUGAAUAAUGUGAACAAUGUGAACAAUGUGAACAAUGUGAAUAAUGUGAACAAUGUGAAUAAUGUGAACAGUAUGAACAGUAUGAAUAAUAGUACAUGUAAUGCUGGAAGUAGUAAUGGGGGUGCUGGUGGAUAUAAUAAUAGAGAUGAUAAUAAAUUAAGAGAGAAUUAUACACAUUCAAAUGAUGAUAACAUUAAUCAUACCAAUAUAAAGGAUAAUUACUACCACUCAAGGGAUAAUAAUAAUUAUUAUAAUAAUAAUAAUAUUAGUAGUAGAGGUGAACAAUGGGAACAAGUCAGAGAUAAUUAUAAAUCCAAUGAAUAUUUUAAUAAUAAUGGGAAAGCAUAUAACCCUAAUGUAUAUAACAGACAAAACAAUGAACACAUUAUGAAAGAAAAUAAUAACAAAAAUUUUACGACACCAAUUCAUAUGAAUGAAGAUAAUAGAAUAGAUAAAAAACAAAAUUACAUGGACAAUAAUAAUAAUAAUAAUAAUAAUAAUAUAGAUAAACCAAAUAGAGGAAAGUUUCUUUAUAAAGAGAACCCUAAUAUACCUAAUUAUACAAAUGUAGAUAAUUAUGAAAGUAAAAAUAAUUUACAUAAACCUUUUUCUAUGCAAAAAAGUGCUAAUGCUUAUAAAGGACCUUCUGAAUAUAAUAGAAAUAAUAUGUGUUAUGAAAAUAAUUCUCCAGGUAAUGAAGCCUAUAAUAAAAAUAGUAGAGCCUAUAUUAAUAAAAAUAAUUACGACAAUAAUAAUAAUAAUAAUAAUAAUAAUAGUAAUAGUAAUAGUAAUAAUUAUUAUUAUCAUCAUCAUAUUAAUAAUAUCAAUACAAAUUCGAGACACGCUACUAAUAACCAACCAUAUGAUUAUAAUAACCAUAAUAGAGAUUAUGAUAAUAAAAAUGUAAAUAAAUAUUCUGAUGGUAUAAAAGAUAAUUCCUGUUAUAAUAAAAAUGAGGAAUCAUCAAAAAUGUAUAUGAAUUCGAAUUGUGUGCCUCAUACCACAAGUAUUGUAAAAUUGAAUCGAUGUGACGAAUCAUUACAUGAGAGAUAUUUUUCUAUAGAUAAUAAUAAUAAUAAUAAUGUGAAUAAUAUGAGUAAUAAUAUGAGUAAUAAUAUGAGUAAUAAUAAUAAUAGUGUGAUUAUGGCACAUCCAGGCGGGAACUAUAAUCAUGAAAACGAUCCAAAUAGCCUUCAUAAUUACAAUAAUCAUAAUAACUAUCCUACCUAUGAUAGACAUGUGAAUCCAUCAAACAAUCAUCAACAUUACAAUAAUAAAGAUGAAUAUACGUACACAAGUAAUGAUGAGGGUCAUCUUAAAAUAAGAAAAGAGGAUAUGGGAAGUAACCAAGAGUCAAGAGAUUAUAAUUAUGAUGAGAAUAGUAUGGAUAAUAUAAUGAAAAAAAAUGAAAAAAUAUUAAAAGAUAAAACAUUAAAUAGAAAUAACAGGAAAAUUACUCCUUAUCAAAAUAAUGCUGUUAUAAAAAUGAAUGAUGGUAUUUUAAUGCAGAUAAAUAAAUUAUCUCAGUAUUCGUCAAAAUGGAUUAUUAAGGCGAGAGUACAAUCAAAAGAUAAUAUUAGAAGAUAUACAUCUGGAAGUAAAGAAGGGAAAGUUUUUAACAUUGAAUUGUGUGAUGAAGAUGGAGAAAUUAAAGCGAAUUUUUUUGGAAAAGCUGUUGAUAAAUGGUUUGAUUUUAUAGAAGUUGGUAAAAUAUAUAAAAUUAGUAAAGGUAUGAUAAAGGUAGCAAAUAAAAAAUUUAAUACAUUAAAUCAUGACUAUGAAAUUACAUUAGAUGAAAAUUCUUUAAUCGAAAUAUUAGAUGAAGAAAAUGAAAAUAUCCCAAAAUAUAAUUAUAAUUUCAUAUCUAUAGAUAAUAUUAAAAAUAUGAAUAUUGGUUCAUUUGUUGAUAUUAUAGCUGUAGUAUUAAAUUAUCAAGAAAAAAUGCAAAUAUUUGUAAAGAAAACAGGACAAUAUAAAGAUAAAAGAGAUGUCACCUUAAUAGAUGAAAGUUUUGAUACUAUACAAGUAACAUUAUGGGAAAAAAAUGCAACGAUUAUUGAUGAAAUGAAUUUAAGAGAUAAUUGUAUUGUAUGCUUUAAAUAUUUAAAAAUAGGAGAAUGGCAAGGAAAAAAAUUAGAAUCACAUGCACGUACCAAAAUUGAAAUUAAUCCUGAUAAUAUAGAAAAAGCAUAUAUUUUAAAAAAUUGGUGGAUUCAUAAUAAAAAAAUUAUAUGUAAUUCAAUAAACUUAAGUUCCAAUUAUAUUAAUAUUGAUACACAAAAAACUAUACAAGAAAUUAAAAAAAAUGUAAAUCUAGCAAAUGAAGAAACAUUAUCUGGUAAAGGUAUCAUGUUUACUACAUAUGGUUUUAUAGAUCAAAUAUAUAAUAACAUGCCUGUUUAUUCAGCUUGCCCAGAUUGUAAUAAAAAAAUGAUAAGUAAUUCUGUUGAUGAAAACGAAUAUGAACCUUCUUCAAAUCUAUUAGAAGAAACUAUGUAUUGUGCAAAAUGUAAUAAAAAUAAUAUACCUGUCUAUAAUUAUUAUAUUAACUUAAAAAUAACAGAUAGUACAGAUUCUAUAAGAGCUUCAGCGUUUGCUAAUUGUGCCAAAAUUAUUAUGAACGGAUUGUCAGCUGAGGAAUAUAUGAAAUUAAGACAAGAAUAUAUAAUGCAAGAAAAUAUAGAAAACUUUGAUAUUAUCGAGAAAAUCAAAUUAAAUGAAUUCUUUUUUCGUAUAAAAGUAUAUAUGACAUCUCAUAUGGACGAGCUGAAAAAAAAUUACACAAUAAUAGAUAUUGCACCUGUUGGAAAGCUUUUGAUAGAUAAUUGUAGGUACCUAAUCAAAUCUAUAAAAAAUCUAACCUCUAAAAGGGACACAGAUCACGACGAAUGA